AUGGCAAAUUCCAAAUUGUGUUCCAAAUAUGGCUUCGAGAAGCCCAACGACAAGCGAGCCCUUGAGCUCAUGAACGCAGCUGCGCGAGCUGUAGUCACGGAGUUGCCUGAUAUCACAAUCGCAUACGGCGUGAGCGACGAAUUCAGCAAACUCGUCAGCACGGGAACCCUUGCACGAGACAAGAACGAGAUACUCUUCUCAAGGUUCGGAAUUAACUACAACAAUGAACCCGAGAUCUAUAAAAAGGGCAGCGUAGUGUUCCGAGAUUACGAACUCGUUGAGCCUGGCUCCCACAAUACGGAAACAGAAGUUGAUAGGAUAGCGGAACCGGUCGUGCAGAGUAAAACGCAGGCUGAGAAGGACAAGAAAAAGCGCGAGAAGACAAGAGUAUUAGUGGACCAUUUGGACAUCAUCAAGGAUGACUUCUGGGACAGAAGACCGUGGCUACUGGUUACUGAUACACUUCUUACAGCCAGAGACGACAAUGCGUCUUCUAUACUGGACUCGAUAAUCUCCCGCACGAGAUCGUCUCUACAUCCGGACACUCCAUCAUUCAAGCCGCCAACUGCCUGGUUCGAAUCGACAAUGGCCGGCAUCGUCCAAACAACGUUAAUCUGGGUCGCCUACGCCGUCGCGGUGGCCCUUUCGCUAAUAGCCGCCUCGAUUACCACAUUUACUUGGCAGACCCCGCGCGACCGAUUCACGACUGUGAGCGUCAUUGCGAUACUAAGUUUGACGGCCCUCCUCUCUACAAUCCUUCUUCUCCCUGUUGACACUGCCCUCGUUUCCGCGACAACCACCUCCCUUGGUGUAAAGAAGGACUGGGCCACCAUCGAACAUGUCGAUAAAGUUCUCCAUACCCUCAAGAUUGUCUAUUAUACUCUCUAUAGCUUCGAUGCCCUUCUUUGGGAGCAUCUUGAUCUUGAUUACUUCAAGCGGCUGCUCGCCGAGAAUAACGGGGAAAAGGCGCUAGCAUUUGCUCUGGGCGUCCUUGUCACGCUAGGAACCCUGCUCUAUGUGGUCUACACUGGCGCUGGCCUCGCGCUUCUGCCCGUCUCCAUCAUCAAGACUGCCCCGUCGCUCUCGGCCCCCGAACUUUCGGAAACCAAUGCUUCUGCGCUUGAGAUUAACCGAGAGCGCCAGCGCCAGCUUGAGAUGAGGCACGCCGGCCGCAGUGCUGAAAUGCCAGCAAAGGAUAGAAGGGAACUAGAGGGCCUCCUCCGCGAAGAACGCACCUUGCACUGCGGUUAUAUCCUGGGCCAUAUCAACGUCUUCCAACCGAUUAAUUGGGUUUUCUUGAAGGCUGCUAGGGCAUUCCCCGCUGAUUACAUCCUCAUGGCACUUCUCGCGCUUCUCUUCUUUAGCGCCUCCGUCACCGGAAUUGCGGCGGUCGGCAUCCGCUUCCUCUGGGUCAGAAUCUUCCAGAUCCGCAAGGGAAGAACGGCGCCUCAAGCGCUCCUUAUUGCCACUGUCAUGCUGGCACUCAUCGCCCUGGCCAUCAACUACGCCAUCGUUACCAUGGUUGCUCCCCAGUAUUCCACUUACGGAACGCAAACAUUUUGCACCAACGACAUUUUUGACAAGCACGGGCGGCCCGACUGCUCGCAACACCGGGACCUCAUUGUACCCUGUUCCGAGUACCUCAAAUACCCCCGUGCUAAGGAUGUCUGUACGCCCACAGUCAUGUCAACCUUCUUGAACAGGAUCACCAUCACCUGGCCCUUCUUCGGCAUGGUGGAUUUCUGGGCCCAAUUUGCCUUCCUCGGCAUUUUCUUGAUCGUCUUCGUUACCGUGCUCUUCCGCACUCCUAAGCUUAAUAUGGCAGAGCUGGAUGAGGAAGCUGAGGCGGACGAGGAGGAAGGUUUGCUUGCUAGCACAGGCAGGAGGUUCGGAGCGACAUGGCAAGAUAUCACGGGAAGAAGUGGGCAGACGUCGCAUCCGGCCCGGUCUUAA